AGGCAUCAAAUCAGCUAAAUAUUAAGGAGUUAGCUCCUAAGGGAAAUGAUAUGGAACUUUUUCACUUCUUAUCCGCCGGUCCUCACGUAAUAAGCAAAGCUCCAGUUAUUUUGAGUAAAAAUAAAGGCCUAAUUGAAGAGUUGAUUCGUGAAAUGAAGUUUAUUCCUUUUCCACCACGGCCAAAACCCCAAAGAAGCGACUCUCAUCAUUUAUCGACCAACGUACCAGAAGAAUAUCCUCCUAAAGAUGGCUACGAAAAUAGUCGGCAAUUAAAUGUGAUUGCCCGAGCUAUCUUAAUCUGUAAAGAUUUGGUGGUCUUAUGGAAAGAGAUUGGCUAUUACCAAAUAUGCAGCGAUGUAAAUGACUUG